GAGUAACGUUCAGAAGAUUGCGCAGGUUCCGGUGUGUAGGAACGAGUCUUGUUUACUUUUUUCGUGUCUCUUUUUUGGUUUGUUGACAAAUGUGUUGAUGACGGUUAGGCAGUUGGACGGCAAAUUUUUUGGGCCAGCUUCGUUACCCCAGUACAGUCGCCAGUUCGAACCAUCCCUCCGUCCUCCUUGCUCCAUCUCCACCAUUAGUUAUGGUUCGUUUUUCGUUGUACCUUAGUGCUGAAGUGAACGGGGUGACGGAUCUUGCUCCUGCAGACGAAACGAGUUACUCGUACACAUUUCGUGUGAAAUGCAAUUCGUGCCGUGAAGUGCACGACAAUUUCAUGGGCAUGUGUCGCUCCGACGAGCACGAGCUCCCCUCAGGUCAUGGAAGUGCUCAUCUCGUUUGGACAUGCAAAAACUGCCAGCGAACUUCCACUGCUGUCAUCGAAAGCCCCUUCUCUCCGUACACCGGCGAAAAGCAUCCUCAAAAACUGCUCACCCUCGAAUGCCGUGGCUGUGAACCCGUUGAGUUUGUCCCUCAAGGCGUAUGGACAGCCCGAGGAGUGGAUAGCAACACUUCUUUCGCGGAAAUUGAGCUCGACGAGGAUUGGUAUGAUUACGAUGAAAAGGCCGGUGAGGAAGUUUCCAUUGUUGAGAUGGAAUGGUCGAUUGAGAGAAAGUAGAGGAUAUUGAAGGGGUGGACUGUGUUGAUACAUUUUGGUGCAUUGGGAUUGAACGGCCCGAGCCGAUGCAAACUAAUACCGUCGGUGGGUCUUCGUGUUCAACUACGCGGCCAUGUCAACAUCAGCAACCUUCUCGCUCAUGUUUUCGUUCUUGGUAGUGCUAGUUUCAUCAAUCAACUCAUAAAUGGACUGCUUCCAGGCAUCCAAACGUAAAAGGCGUUUUUCGUAGUCAACUUGGAUCAUGCUCACAAACCCGCUGAGUGGUUUGUACGGUUGUUGCCGACCGGAUCCGUAACCCUCGUCAGUGCCUGCUAGUACGUUUUCCCAUUCCUCGGUCUGGCUCAGCAUCUGCAUCCAGUAAUGCAGCUGUGAGGUUGAACUGGUAUCUUGUAACACUCCUUGGACUUGAUUUUUUUCAGUGGUAGAUAUUUGAAAGGGAUCCUUACUCGCCAUGCGAGAAGUUACUAAGAGAUAUGCUGCUGUGAGUACUCCUUUUCGAUGCAUCGGCCGCAUAUCGUCUGUGAGUACGGUAGAUGCGAGUUUACUAAUGAACGGAGCAGCAGACAGGGCUCCCAUUUUCAAGCACACAAGCUUCACUUCAUCACCCAAGCUCGUUUUCAGUUUGAGUUUCUGUGUGACAGGUGUAAGCAGCUCCUGGAAGAGAGCGUACUGUUUCUGGUAUCGUUUCUUUGGGAGAGGAAGUCCUUCAAGAGAGAUAUCCAAUUGCAACGAUGGCCGUAAUAAGUCGCAGGCCAAAUGAGAACACAUGCAGGCACGAGAUGGCUCUUCAGCUGGACGCAGAUGAACGUUUGUUUUUGACCACGCCAAAAAUGACUCGGCUAAGUUCACUAACCGUUCCUCAACGGCAUGUUUCUGACCAGGGAGAAGCAAUUGGAGAGAGGAUAGAAUUUGCUGACGUUCCAUUGAAGGGGCAGAGGCGUUGUUGGACGCUGUAUUUAUGGUUUCAAUUUACAAUAUUUCGAGUCGUUAAGAGAUGAUGAGAGAAAGACUAGAUGUGUCCUAAAACCGUAGUUCAUGUACAAUGUUUUAUAUGUAUCCUUUCGUAUAGUCUAUUUACUCCACUUCACCCCUAAAUAUCCCGUUAGAAAAGGC